GCUACCUUUGUGUCAAAGAUGGCGUCGAUCCUUCCAAGCAGAAAUAUUGAUGAAUUUAGGAAUUAUUUAGCGUGAAAGAAAAUGGUUGGAGGAUGAAAGUCAUCAUCAUCCUAAUUCUUGCCAUUGCAGACGUCCAAUGGGGGCUGUCCGAACAAUACCCUGCCCUCGAUGUGGAAAGCCCCAUAACUGUGCAAGAGGGUAGGGAGAAAAAACUGCCAUGCAGGAUACGGAAUCCUCGCAACUGUUCCUCCAUGUACAAACGGUUUUACUGGGAGGCCCACGAGAAGCGCUUCCUGCAGCAGAAGAUCAUCAACAAUGGCUGCAUCGUGGAGCUGACCAUCAAAUCCACAUCCUCCGAUGCUGGGCAAUACAGCUGCAUCCUCAUAGCUCAGGACAGCUAUGAGGUCAAGGAAAAACUGAAUAUAUUUAUUUCUCCUAAAGGCCGGCAAGGAGUGAAGUGUUCAGUCCCCAUGUUCAAGUGUGUGCCACAAGGUCACUGCAUCUUCCAGAGGUACCGCUGUGAUGGCUACAACGACUGCCCCGAUGGCUCCGAUGAAACCAACUGUGAGAAAGACAAGUGUGCUGACAAGUUUGUAUGUGACAAUCAACGAUGUAUCAACAAAGACUUGCAGUGCAAUGAACAGAAUGACUGUGGGGACAACUCAGACGAGGACAAGCGAUGCCAGGAGGAUCGCACACCAGCAUUUCCAGAAGACGACCAUUUUGAUUGGCUCAAGACUACUGUCUACACAGUGAUUGGCUGCACAGUAGCUGUUGUCAUCUUUAUAUCUUUGAUUGUGAUUGUAGUAUUCCGUGUAAAAAUGAAAAGACUACGAGCACGACGAAUCGCUCGUGCAAUAGAGCGCCAUCGUCAGCACCAAGGCAGCACCGGCCAGUGUAGAAACCAGGAACAAGACCCGUUCCUGGCUAUAGGAUCAAACUCUCAUUACGGCAAUAUCAUAGUGAAUGUGAACAAUGGCGUCCAAUAUGUGCCAACUGGGGACUUUGCUUCCUUUGUGGAUUCCCCGCCCCCAUACCAUGAAGUGGUUGCCUUGGAACGAGACAGCUCCCCCCCACCCCCUUAUAGUACAAUAGACCGCACCCCCAGGCAGAAGGCGGGGACAAGUGCCACCCCUGAGGAUCGCACCAACCCUAGUGGUAGUGAUGUGCGUGAAACAGCCCCCCAGUCUUCUGAUAUGUCAAGUAUACAAGAAGACAUUUCAGUUUUAGUUGAUGCUUUGACUUCUGAAACUACAGAAGAAUCUCGGAACAGUAGAAGUGACGUUAACCCUCCCGUGUACCCCGGUAGUGCCUGGGGCGUGGCGGCUGGUCAAGGGCUCGCUGCUGCAUCCUCUACCCCCUCCCAUUCUCACCCCAGCAGCAAUAGAGAGUCAGUUCAUGAUAGCAGUAGAGACGCUAACCCAUCAACCUCGGAUACAGUGUCCCGCUCGCGUCAAUCGUUAGCGUCGAACACUGGCUCGACGUCCCUUCCCCGGCCAGCGCGACUGGCCGUUCAAGGUGGAAAAAUUGUGUUAAGUGCCGAAGAUUUGGAACCCGCAGGCUCAAGUAACCAGCUCAACACGUCUCAGGAUGACACACGACCUCGACAGUGUCACCUGGAGGUCAAGGAAGGUCAGAUAGUGCUUACUGAUGUGACUCGUAGUGACCUUGGAGUCCAGUCACCUCUCAACACGGACGGUGUGAUGAGAGGCACAGGGGAGCUGGAAGUGCGUGAUGGACAAAUUAUUUUCAGGCCAAAAGAAACAUGAACAAACAUAUACCGUACUCGACGUAAUAAGCGCCCCGCUCUAAUAAGCGCCCAUGGUGAUAUUUGCUAAUAUAUUGGCUAGUGAACUAUCCCAAUUAGCACCCCUUCCGAUUGAUCAAUGUACACAAGAUUUAUUUAUU